AUGAACGUGACCCUCAUCCGCCGUCCAGCAGAGCAAGUGCAACUACUAGAGGACUUGGAAGACUCGCAUCAUCCUAAAAGAGUCCUGCGUGAAGCACCCCGCUCUGACCGCGAAGUUGUGUUGACCGCCGUAAUCCGAGAUGCGUCAUGCAUCGGACUGGCAGACAAGACGCUGCAAGAAUCCCGCGAGUUCGCGCUAACUGUGGCAAGACGGAAUGGAAUGGUCUUGAAGUUCUGCGCUGAACUGCAGGACGACCCUGAAGUGUGUAUGGCAGCAGUAAAGCAAGAUGGCUUUGCUUUGCAGUAUGCAUCUGUAGCCUUGCGCGGCAGCAAACCGUUGGUCUUGGCAGCUGUGGAAAAGGAUGGGUUGGCUUUGGAAUUUGCAACCUCAGAGUUGCAACAGGACAAGGAGGUUGCGCUCGCCGCCCUCGAGCAAGACGCCUAUAGCAUGGACUUCGUCGGGGAUUGCUUGAAGGCAGACCGUGACUUUCUGCUUUUUGCGGUGUCUGUGAAUGGACGAGUUCUGGAGCGCCUGGGCGAGGAUUUGCGGCGAGAUGAGGAGGUUGUACUGGCAGCGGUCCAGGAAACCACAAGCGCUCUGCGCUUUGCUCAUAAUGCACUCCGACAUUCUGAGAACUUCGUUCUGACACUUUUGAAGCGUCACCUCUGUAAGCUUCACUAUCCAGCCGAAGAGCUUUGGGCCCGCAAGGAUUUCGUGUUGCAGGCCGUAAGAACUCACAGUUCAGCUUUGCAACUGUCAGUGCCGAUGCUCCGUGAAGAUCGGGAGGUUGUCAUGGCGGCUGUGCAGCGGCAUGGCUACAGCCUCCAGUUUGCCUCCCUUCAGUUGCGAGGGGACCCAGAGAUUGUAAUGUGCGCAGUUCGACAGUACGCCAAUGCUUUGGCAUUUGCCUCUGAUGAGCUAAAAGCAGACACAGCGAUUGCAACGGCUGCCAUAAGCAAGAAUGGCUGUGCACUGCGUUUCGCGGCCCCGGCGCUGAGGGCAAAUCGAAGCUUCGUUUUGAUGGCGAUCCGGAACAGCCGGGGAUGCGCCCUGCAGUUUGCGGCGAAAGAACUCCGACUUGACGAAGCCGUUGUGCUGCAUGCACUUGAGAGUGACUUGAGUGUCCUGGAGAUUGUGGAAACAUCCCUAUGGUCAAAGUCCAGCUUUCUCACCGAAGUUAUGCGAAGGCACGGCCACCAUGAGCAUGUGGCUAUUUUUUUAGGACAGCCAUGCAAAAGACCUCGGCGUGCUUUCGAGUAA